AUGGAGCUGGAGGAAGCCGCUGCCUCCUCGUCCUCCUCUUUCACGCCGCGGGUGCGCAAGGCCCGGAGGAGCCGCUCCAACGGGGAGAGCAAAAAGUCUCCCGCCAGUUCCCGGGUCACUCGGAGCUCCGGCCGGCAGCCGACCCUCCUGAGCAUGUUCUCCAAAGGGUCCACCAAGCGGAAAUCAGAGGAGGUCAAUGGGGAGGUGAAGCAGGAAGUGAUAAACGUGGAGAAGGAGGAAGAGGAGCUGGAGGAGAAGGAACAAGAUGAGAAGAGGAUUAGAAUCGAGACCAAAGAAGGGUUGGAGGUGAAAGAUGAACUGACUCUGAUUAAAACCCCACCACCCGUUAAAACCACCCCUCCCAAGUGCAUCGACUGCCGGCAGUACCUGGACGAUCCCGACCUCAAGUUCUUCCAAGGGGAUCCCGAUGAUGCCCUGGAGGAGCCCGAGAUGCUGACGGACGAGCGCUUGUCCCUCUUUGAUGCCAAUGAGGAUGGCUUUGAGAGCUAUGAGGACCUGCCGCAGCACAAGGUCACCUCCUUCAGCGUCUAUGACAAGAGAGGCCACUUGUGCCCCUUUGACACUGGCCUGAUCGAGAGGAACAUCGAGUUGUACUUCAGUGGGGCUGUGAAGCCCAUCUAUGACGACAACCCUUGUCUGGAUGGUGGGGUGAGAGCCAAGAAGUUGGGUCCCAUAAACGCCUGGUGGAUCACGGGCUUCGAUGGAGGGGAGAAGGCUUUGAUCGGCUUCACCACAGCCUUCGCGGAUUACAUCCUGAUGGAGCCCAGCGAGGAGUACGCGCCCAUCUUCGCCCUCAUGCAAGAGAAGAUCUACAUGAGCAAGAUCGUGGUGGAGUUCCUGCAGAACAACCGCGACGUCAGCUACGAGGACCUGCUCAACAAGAUCGAGACCACGGUCCCCCCCGCGGGGCUCAACUUCAACCGCUUCACAGAGGACUCGCUCCUGCGCCAUGCCCAGUUCGUGGUGGAGCAAGUGGAAAGCUACGAUGAAGCUGGGGACAGCGACGAACCCCCCGUCCUCAUCACCCCCUGCAUGAGGGACCUCAUCAAGUUGGCUGGAGUCACCCUGGGGAAGAGGCGAGCUGUGCGGCGCCAGGCCAUCCGCCACCCCACCAAGAUAGACAAGGAUAAAGGGCCCACCAAAGCCACCACCACCAGGCUGGUGUACCUCAUCUUCGACACCUUCUUCUCGGAGCAGAUCGAGAAGGAUGAGAAAGAAGACGACAAGGAGAACGCCAUGAAGCGCCGGCGCUGCGGGGUCUGCGAGGUCUGCCAGCAGCCCGAGUGUGGGAAGUGCAAAGCGUGCCAGAACAUGGUGAAGUUUGGGGGCAGCGGCCGCAGUAAACAGGCCUGUCUGCAGAGGAGAUGUCCCAACCUGGCCGUGCGGGAAGCCGAUGAGGACGAGGAGGUGGAUGAUAACAUCCCUGAGAUGCCGUCGCCCAAGAAGAUGCUGCAGGGCAGGAAGAAGAAGCAGAACAAGAGCCGCAUCUCCUGGGUGGGGGAGCCCAUCAAGAGCGAUGGGAAGAAGGACUAUUACCAGAGGGUCUGCAUUGACUUGGAGACCCUGGAGGUGGGAGACUGUGUCUCUGUCAGCCCUGAUGAUCCCACCAAGCCCCUCUACCUCGCCAGGGUGACAGCCAUGUGGGAGGACAGCAGCGGCCAGAUGUUCCACGCACACUGGUUCUGCCCUGGCUCCGACACUGUCCUGGGGGCCACCUCUGAUCCCCUGGAGCUCUUCUUGGUGGACGAGUGCGAGGACAUGCAGCUCUCCUACAUCCAUGGCAAAGUCAACGUCAUCUACAAGGCACCCUCGGAGAACUGGUCCAUGGAGGGUGGGCUGGACAUGGAGAUCAAGAUGGUGGAAGACGAUGGGAGAACUUACUUCUAUCAGAUGUGGUACGACCAGGAGUACGCUCGCUUCGAGUCGCCACCGAAAACCCAGCCCACAGAGGACAACAAGUACAAGUUCUGCAUGAGCUGCACACGCCUGGAUGAGGUGAGGCACAAGGAGAUACCCAAAGUGGCCGAGCCGCUGGAGGAAGGUGAUGGGAAGAUGUUCUAUGCUGUGGCCACCAAGAAUGGGGUGCAGUACCGGGUGGGAGAUGGUGUCUACCUCCUGCCAGAAGCCUUCUCCUUCAGCAUGAAACCCGCCAGCCCGGCCAAGCGCCCCAAGAAGGAGGCGGUGGACGAGGAGCUGCACCCAGAGCACUACCGCAAGUACUCGGAGUACAUCAAGGGCAGCAACCUGGAUGCUCCGGACCCGUUCCGCGUGGGCCGCAUCAAGGAGAUCUUCUGCCACCUGCGGAGCAACGGGAAACCCAACGAGGCCGACAUCAAGCUGCUCAUCUGCAAGUUCUACAGACCUGAGAACACGCACAAGUCCAUGAAGGGCAGUUACCACGCGGACAUCAACCUCUUGUACUGGAGCGAUGAGGAGACCACGGUCGACUUCCGUGCGGUGCAGGGCCGGUGCACGGUGGUGUACGGGGAGGACCUGACCGAGAGCAUCCAGGACUACUCCGCCGGUGGGCUUUUUUUUUCUGCUUACAACGCCAAAACCAAGAGCUUUGAGGAUCCUCCCAACCACGCUCGGAACUCCGGCAAUAAAGGGAAGGGGAAGGGGAAAGGGAAAGGUGAGUCUGCUGGAGGGGGCUGGGCUGGGCUGGGUGAACCGCUGCCCAAGCUGGGGACCCUGGACGUGUUCUCGGGCUGCGGAGGCUUGUCCGAGGGCUUCCACCAGGCAG